AUUACUUGACGUCCACAAGAUGACCCACGCUGCUAACUUCACAUUCUCAUCUGCUACCACUCUUCUGAAUUUGUCUUACACUCUCUCGAUCAGCUUUCCCAAAUUGAGCUGUUGGCAAUCCCUUCAUUGUUGCUCCACUUCUGAUGCAAGAACAGUUGGAUUUAGGACCUGUCCUCGAACAAAAUUUGUUGCUGUGCCGAGCUGAGCUAAGCCACUGCUACGAGUUAAACUUCCUCCUCGAAGACUUCGGAGUGCGCAGUCAAGAGUGUCGAAGUGAUUUGUUGCAGUCACGUUGAUUCAUUUUUUGUACGCACAGUUCGUGCAGUCACACGGAUUGCUGUUGUUCUAGUCCGAAUUUUGCGGAGAAAUCUUCACCUUAUGACUUCACAUUCUUCGAGGUGGCACCGCUCUCUGUUCACCUUAUGUUGACAUUCUUGAGCUUACAAAUUUACAGCCUGCUAAAACAAGCGCUUCUGAGGAGAAGCAGUGUCGGCAACGGCGUCGACCAUCGAGCAUUGACAGAUCCAGUUCUCACUGCCAUGUUCCGUGUGUGAGUUUCUCAUCGGGCUGUGUACUUGAGGAACUAUUUCCGAUACAAAAGCACAUUUUUUCGAGAAUGAUUAUCUCAAAAGUGGGAAGAAAAUCCAGAGAGCCACAGAACCAACACGGAACACGUUCUGAAGUGAUGACUGCAGCUCCACCCUGAAAUCGGAAAGAAGUGCGUAGCGUGGAGGACUUGAAUGGUCACGGCAGAGUCGUUGUGAUUGCAUUCGUGUACGUGCUAAAGCACAGCCAAAAGUUUGCACUGCCGAGACCGCUCCUUAAAGUACAGAUAAUUCAGCUAACUCGAAUUUGGAUGCUAGUGGUCGGAAUGUACACACUGCAUCCUCGAGGUCCUUCUCACUAUCAAAGCAUCUCCAAAUCAUUGCUCUGUGGUUACAGGGGAUGACAAAUCCAAUGGUUAUGUGCUCUGGGUUUGAGCACAGCAGGAGCGGUGUUGGCAGUGAGCGCUUUGCAAAAGCACAAGCAGACAAUAUAUGAAUGGGCGAAACACGCUUGCACGGGAGCAGUUGUCUGCUGACAUUAUUUUGAGGCGGUACUCCAAAGCGUGAGAUUCGGAGUGGCAGAGACGCCAGCCUCACGAAGAAAUCUGGUUCUCAAAGGAUAGGUCACGGAGGCAGUCUUUUCCAGAUGUUUGCAAGACAAGAAUAUCCCUCCAUCUUUUGCUCCGUCCGUUUAGGUUUCGGGGAAAUAAUUGCAAGCCCAGAAACAAUUCAGAGAGCAUUAGAAGAUGGUGAAGGAAGAAACUCUCAUCCCCACUCAACUGCUCUGAAGAUCGGGAUCAGGCAAAUUUGUUUCGAUCGGCUCAAUCUGCAAUCUGAAUUUGCCUGAUAUGGCGAGCAGCUCGCCUGAUCAGUCGGCCGACGCGCUUCCACCAGCGAAUGCCAACCACUUCGUCUCCUGGUCUAAGUCUCAGGUGAUGGAAGCGGACUUCGAUUUGUUGGUUUUCUGUCCGGUCCCUCUUACGCGCAACCAGCUCUUGGUGGACUUCAGUGCAGCAUUUGAUCGGCAACCCCAUCCAGAUCCUCAGCUGGAGCAAGCGAUUGAGAAAAUUUGGGAACUGCGGGUCGCAGCUCAACCGUCACUUUUCAAUGGCACGAAGUUCAGAUACGGGGGUUUUCGAGAGAUUAGAAACGCCGAUGGAAAAGCUCCUGUGAUAGUGUCCCUCUGUCUCGGCCUCACCGAUUACAGGACAUUUGUGGGCAGCAACCUGAGCAGUAGUUGGCAAGACUUUUUAGUCCCGACGAAAGAUGAUGCGGAAAGAUGCAAGCACACGUCAAGCCCCCUGGGCAACGCAGCCAUUGUGGAGACUGCUGAUCACCAGAUUGUUGUCCUGCAGCGCAGUGCUGAUGUAGGAGAAUAUCCCGGAACUCUUGUGUUUCCUGGUGGACAUCCCGAGCCAGAGGAAGCGGGAAUCCUGUCGCACAGCGAGAGUGACAAACCCACGAAAGCAGAGCUGGAGAAGAGAAUUGCGGAGGAAAUGUUUGAAGGCAUAACUCGGGAAGUUGUUGAAGAGACGGGGAUCCCAUCUAGCGCUUUGAGUGAUCCCGUUUUCAUCGGGUGCUCGCGCCGCAAGCAGAAUGUCCGACCAGCUGCUUUCUUUUACCUGAAAAGCUCUCUCACAUCAGACCAGGUGCUCCACAGUUAUCAACAUGCCGAGCAUUUUUACGAGUCGACAGCUCUGUACACCGUCACACCGGAUGCUUUGAUCGAGGAUGCGAAGAGGAUGCCAGGCUGCCAUCAAGGAGGAGCAGCCUUGUACCAGCUGAUGCGGGAGGAAGUUUUGAAGCAGUCGACUUGAGACAGAUUCGAUUCAUUCUAGGAACUCUACUGGGAAACAAUUGAAGUAGACAGGUACAGAGCCCUUUAGGAGUUAAGGCACGAAGCAAAACCGUGCACCCCGAAGGAUUCCAUAUCCUUUGUUAUAAUAUGGUCAGUACUCCCUGUGAACUUAGAUAUCUUAGUUCCAUUGACUGGAGUAGCUAUUCUUCAGCAACCAUCUUCGAGUUGGAGAACAUGAGUUGGGAGAUGUGACCUUUUGUCUCUCUCGACAGGAUUAAAGCUUGGAAAAGAAUUCAAUGACCAAAAAUUGUUGCCCCAGUGGCUCGGCCGAAGAAAAGUGACGCGUGGUGUUUUGGAAGUAUACCGUGUUCUUGACUCUGAACACUUUUAUCUCCAGUCUUGUUUCUUGCCACUUGAUUACAAACAAUCCGCCCAGAAAUUCUUACGCCAGCCGAGCACAAGCUGCGGACACGUGCAGGAUUCGCCAUAGCGACUUUGGUACUUUUGGAACGAUCGCGAGGAGACAGGUCAGGGCAUGUUUUGGUCUGUACUCGAUGAUAGUAAGGAUUGCACGGUACCCCUCUGUGCCGUGGCGCCAGAUCCAGACAAUGUGGAACUAGUCCGCCUAUGCAGGAAUCCUAGACAUCGUUCCCACCACGUCAUGCUUAGAGACUUUAGAGUAUCCGAACUAUGUGGAAGUAUUUUCCAUGGGAGAAAGAGACAGAGCACUGAAAAACUUUCACCUCAGUUCUCUAUUUGUCAGUGUAAUGGACUCAAGCGGAAAAAGCACACCGACUUUUACGUGUCUGAGGUUGUGGACAGCUGUAGACCUAUUAGCCUAUGAACUUCAAAUUACAUAAAACUGC